CCCGCUGGGGCAGAGAAGCAAGAAGCGGCACCAUGGCUGGCAAGAAAGUCUGCAUUGUAGGCUCCGGCAACUGGGGCUCAGCCAUUGCCAAGAUCGUGGGUAGCAACGCAGGCCGACUGGCACACUUCGACCCGCGGGUGACCAUGUGGGUGUUUGAGGAAGACAUCGGGGGCAGAAAGCUGACUGAGAUUAUCAACACGCAGCACGAGAAUGUCAAAUACCUGCCAGGGCACAAGCUACCCGCCAAUGUGGUGGCUGUCCCUGACGUGGUCCAGGCUGCGACGGGUGCUGACAUCUUGGUGUUUGUGGUACCCCAUCAGUUCAUUGGCAAGAUCUGCGAUCAACUCAAGGGCCACUUGAAGGCCAAUACCAUUGGCAUAUCUCUUAUUAAGGGGGUAGACGAGGGGCCCAACGGACUGAAGCUCAUCUCUGAAGUGAUUGGGGAGCGCCUUGGCAUCCCCGUGAGCGUGCUGAUGGGGGCCAACAUUGCCAGCGAGGUGGCUGACGAGAAGUUCUGUGAGACGACCAUUGGCUGCAAGGACCCCGCCCAGGGACAGCUCCUGAAGGAGCUGAUGCAGACGCCCAACUUUCGCAUCACUGUGGUGCAAGAGGUGGACACGGUGGAGAUCUGUGGGGCCUUGAAGAAUAUAGUGGCCGUUGGUGCUGGCUUCUGUGACGGGCUUGGCUUCGGUGACAACACCAAGGCAGCAGUGAUCCGACUGGGGCUCAUGGAGAUGAUCGCCUUCGCCAAGCUCUUCUGCAGUGGCUCUGUGUCCUCGGCCACCUUCCUGGAGAGCUGCGGGGUCGCUGACCUCAUCACAACCUGCUAUGGGGGGCGGAACCGCAAGGUGGCAGAGGCCUUUGCUCGCACCGGAAAGUCCAUUGAACAGCUGGAGAAAGAGAUGCUGAAUGGGCAGAAGCUACAGGGGCCCCAGACAGCCCGGGAGCUGCACAGCAUCCUGCAACACAAGGGCCUUGUGGACAAGUUCCCCUUGUUCACCGCGGUGUAUAAAGUGUGCUAUGAGGGCCAGCCGGUGGGCGAAUUCAUCCGCUGCCUGCAGAACCAUCCAGAACACAUGUGAAUGGGCCCGGGCCCGGACAGGCAGCUCCUUUGCCCCAGCGGAGACAAGCAGAAGCGUGUGACACCGGGCAUCAGGACGGUCUCCAGGACUCCUCACCCAGCAGAGUCCUCCCUCUGGAGGACUCUGAGGACAGGAGGCUGUGGGGCUCAGCUGCACACCUGGCCAAGAGCAGUUGAGGCUCAGCCUCUGGGAAGUGUAGAAGAUCUGAGGCCCGGCCGCUGCCUGCUCCAGGGGUGGGGUGGGGGAAGGGAAGGCGCCAAGCUGAGUGUUGCUGUCGCUGCCUCACACACCGGGAAACCGUCCCAAGUCCCAUUAAAGGACUGAAGAAGUACUUUAGCCACAGGGAAGAUGAGGGGAGGCCGCCAAGGGAAGGCCUGGAUGCCUGAGCUGACACAGACCCCGGAGACCCUUCGGCUGACCUGGUCACAACAUCAGUUUGCUAACAAAAUACAAAGCUCUCAAACAGCUCCCUUCUAACUUCUCCUAGCAACAUUCGCGUCCUCUGAAACCUCCGCUUCCCCUCCCCCUCCCCACGGCCGCUCUGGCACAAGGCUUGUUCCUCGCUCUGGCCCCGGGGCUCCCCAUUCUUCCCGGAGACUUCCUGGUUCCUAGAGCUUUGCCAGGGCCUUCCCACCCUGUGUGACCUUUCCCUGUGAGACCGGGCCCCAGCUGCCAGCGCUCUUUGGGGAGCAGGAACUUAAUCUGCUGACAGAGCUACACUUUUUUCAAAGCAGGCUCAGAUGGCUCAGGCUCCCCUGACCUUCCUAUUUGUCCACCUCCCUACUCAGGAGGGCUGGCUGGGAGAAGCAUCAGGUCAGCCAGCCCCUCGACUGCUGACACGAUUUAAAAAGGCAUCCCGACUCCACUCCUUUCUUCUCAGGGUCCUCCCCACAAGGCCGCUUCUCUCUGGAGUCACCACCAACUUCAUGUCUAGCAGAAUGUAGGACUCGUUCUUCCUCAGCUCCGUCAUCCCGUAGUCCUGACACUGUCCUCUCUUGCCCAAGCCAGCCUUUCAGCCAUUCUCACACAGCCAGGAGGGCCACCCAGCCUCUGUAGGCUUGGAGCCCAGGAGCAGCUCAAAGGUUCAGUAGGUUUCCACAAUGGUUGGUGGGUCUUGACAGUCCAAGGCCAGCUCUCCUUGGAAUGAAGUGGUAACCACACACUUCAGGAACUGGGGAACUCGAGGGGAAGGACAAUUGAAAACAGCCUGCCCUGGGGCGAGGGAGAGCAGAGGGGGAUGGGAGCCUGCUUUGCUUUGGCCCUGUUCCAAGGUUGGGUGGCAGCAGGAGAAUGUCACAGAUCAGCAGCCUGGAGCCCUAGCUAUAAAUAGUCCCUAGGAGCUGAGAGGUUUCUCUCUCCACCAGGGGUCUCCAUUUCGCGUGUGGCAGCAACUGGCACACGGUGGCUCUGGUCAGCUAGAUAUUAAACUAACACACUAAGGUGCCAGGCCCCUCUCUGCUCCUAGCCUUUAAGAAUUCGGUCUUAGCAAUGAAGGUCAGCGCUGUCGGGUAAGGUGAAGAGGGAGCCCUCCCACGCAUGACUCAAUUCAGAGCUGUUUCCCCGGAGGCUGGGGCGGGAUGCAGACAGAUUCGAACACCUUAACCUACGUUUGCUCAGUCAACUGUGAAUCUGAGGCCUUCUGUCAGGCCACUUGUCAACCCAAUAAAGUGUGGUUUUUCCAGAAA